AUGUCUACGACGGAGCCGGUGCGCACCGACUCCAUCCAUGAACAGGACCCUCACUUUGUUGACGAGAAAAAGCAAAAGAGCAGGAGACCAGGAAACACCGCAUUCCGGCAGCAGCGGCUGAAGGCAUGGCAACCAAUAUUGACGCCCAAGACUGUCCUGCCGCUCUUCUUUGCAGUGGGAAUUAUAUUCGCGCCGAUCGGAGGUCUCUUAAUAUGGGCCAGUUCACAGGUGCAGGAAGUUGUUCUCGACUACUCCGACUGCUGGCCGAAAGCACCAAUGGGCAAUUUUAGCACAAUGGAGCCUGACCUAUACUCCUACUCCUUCAAAUCCUCACCCAACAGCACAUCGAUCAGCAAGCCGCAAUGGAAGCGAGAUCAGACGCUUGUGCACUACGGUCCCGGUGCCGAGGUGGAUACGACCGUUUGCUCGGUUCGUUUCGAUCUUCCUGAUCCGAUCGGACCGCCGGUGUUCCUCUAUUACCGCCUUACCAACUUUUAUCAAAACCACCGCCGCUACGUCGCGUCUCUGGACGACAAUCAAUUGAAGGGAGAUGCAGUUUCAAAUUCUACCAUUAAAGGCGGUUCAUGCAAUCCCCUGAGACUAGCGGACAAUGGCAAGGCAUACUACCCUUGCGGAUUGAUUGCCAACUCCCUCUUCAACGACACCUUUGCUAGCCCUGUCCUUCUCAAUACGAGAAAGAGUAGCGCGGACAAUGAGACGUAUCCGAUGACGAACAAGAAUAUCGCCUGGGCUAGUGACAAAGACUUGUAUGGAAAAACCAAAUACACACCAGACCAGGUCAUGCCGCCGCGGAAUUGGGCGUUGCGAUAUCCCAAUGGUUAUACCGAGGAACAGCCGCCGCCGGACUUGUCGGAGGACGAGGGCUUCCAGGUAUGGAUGCGAACGGCGGGCUUGCCCACCUUCAGCAAGCUGGCAUUGAGGAAUGACAACUUGACAAUGGCUGCGGGAACGUACCAGAUUGAUAUUCAGCUGAACUUCCCCGUCUCUGUCUAUGGUGGCAAGAAGAUGAUUGUCAUUUCCACGCGGACCAUUAUGGGUGGAAAGAAUCCUUUCCUAGGAAUCGCCUAUGUUGUCGUUGGAGGCAUUUGCAUUGUCCUUGGUACUCUCUUUACCAUUACGCACUUGAUCAAGCCGAGAAAACUCGGUGACCACACCUAUCUAUCAUGGAACAACGACCAGCCCACGACCGCCACUGUCGCUAGCGGGCGAGACGUCCGUCCCGGCAUGAACGCAGCAUAG